UUCGUGUGUCCGCCACUAGCCGCCUCCAUUUUGUCAGCUUGUUGUCGGGCUCCGUCGUUGAACGACCAACGGUCCGGGCUCACCUUCCUCCCGAGGCUUUUCACGUCUUAACUUUUGUUUUCUCGUCGUUAUAGCUUUGGGUUUGCGUUUGUUUUUUUCCCACCCUGGCCAUGGCCGAGUACAUACGUGUGGUCGACGAGGAGUCGGCGGAGCCGAUGGAGAUCCCGUCGGAGGACGACGGCACGCUGCUGUUGUCCACCGUGACGGCGCAGUUCCCGGGGGCGUAUGGCCUGCGUUACCGCAACCCGGACAACCAGUGUCUGCGGGGGGUGCGCCUGGUGGAGGGCAUCCUGCACGCCCCCGACAACGGAUGGGGCAACCUGGUCUACGUGGUGAACUACCCGAAAGACAACAAAAGGAAAAUGGAUGAAACUGAUGCAUCUUCAGCUGUGAAAGUGAAGAGAGCAGUUCAGAAGACAUCGGACCUCAUCGUUCUUGGCCUUCCCUGCAAGACGACAGAUCAGGAUUUAAAAGAUUAUUUUAGUACUUUCGGUGAAGUCGUUAUGGCGCAGGUGAAGAAAGAUAUAAAAACCGGGAAUGCAAAAGGCUUUGGGUUCAUCAGGUUCACAGAAUAUGAAACACAAAUGAAAGUGAUGUCGCAACGACACAUGAUUGAAGGACGAUGGUGCGACUGCAAAUUUCCCAAUUCCAAGCACAAUGCAGACGAGCCAUUAAGAAGCAGGAAAGUGUUUGUGGGUCGCUGCCCUGAGGACAUGACUGCUGAUGAACUCCGUCAGUUCUUUUCCGAGUUUGGAGAUGUCACCGAUGUAUUUAUACCACAACCUUUCCGUGCUUUUGCAUUUGUCACUUUUGCUGAUGACCAGGUUGCCCAGUCUCUGUGUGGUGAAGAUCUGAUCAUUAAAGGGUCCAGUGUGCACAUUUCCAGUGCAGAACCUAAGCAUCUGAAUUCUAGACAACAGAUAGAUAGAGGACGAUUCACAAACAGCCAGGGAGGCUAUGGCAAUCAGGAUGGGUUUGGAAACAACAGGGGUGGUGGAGGAGGAUUGGAUGGCAGUCCCAACAGUAACAUGGGAGGAGGAGGAAUGUGUGGGGGAGGAAUGAAUUUUGGAGCUUAUGGUAUUAACCCAGCAAUGAUGGCUGCUGCCCAGGCAGCCCUACAGAGUAGUUGGGGAAUGAUGGGAAUGAUGGCUCGGCAACAGAAUCAAUCUGGUGCUGCAGGGGGAAACCCACAGCAAAAUCAGGGCAACGUACCAAGGGAACAAAAUCAGGCACUUGGAACAAAUAAUAAUACGUAUAGCUCAAAUUCCGGUGCAUUAGGUUGGGGGUCGGGAUCCAAUUCAGGUGGUCCUGGUUUUGGAUCCAGCAUGGAGUCCAAAUCAUCGGGUUGGGGAAUGUAAAAAGAUUUGUACAUGCUUAGCAAAUGUGAAGAAAGAGUGUAGAGAUUUAAAUAAUGGUAAGUAAACACAAAAGUAGGUUUUCACAAACUUUUUCUUGCUAUAUAAUUGAAGAAAAUUUUUAAGCAGUUGCCUUGCAAUGUCAUUCAAGACACUGAUGAUAAGGUACAUUUUGAAAGUGCUUCUUCCUGUUCCUGAUUCAUACUGCAGUAUGUAGUUCUGUCAUGAGUUUAAUUUCUUAAACUAAUGAACUAAUUUAUGUGCACACAUUGGUUACUCUUCUAUGAACUCCAGUCUCUCAGUUGUGUUGAGCAUUUGACACAAUGUCCAAGUUAGUGUUGAACAGCAUGGGUAACUUGGCUCUUUCAUUCCUAUUGAAGAUUACAAAGUUACAACUUCAGCUGACUGAGGUGCAGUUUAACUCCAAAUGUAUGUGCAGGGUAGACAAAGGUUUCUACCUUUUAUUACAUAGUAAACUGCAUAUUUUUGUAAUAAUGCUAUCAUUGCAUCAAGAUAGCCUUUUUUAAUUGGUUAAAUUCACUUCUCCUAAUCCAGGUUAUAUCUUGUAUGUACCCUAUACAAUUCUAAACUGUAUAGAGAAAAUAUUGCCAAAAGAUGUAUAAAAACGAAACCACUUCACCAGUACCUCACGAUGAACUCUUUGUCAUAAUACCAGUGAAUACGUUCGCCCAAAUUAAUUGGCUUAGCAUUGUCUACAUUUGCAAUCCUGGCAAUGAACUUUUCUUGAAUAUGGACUUAUUAGAAUUUAUUUGAAAUGUUCUCAUUAAAUGAAAAAGUGAGUUGCUGAAAAGGCAUUACAUUGGAUAAUCAGAGCUGAGUACCAAUUUGGAUCUGGUUAUUAUCACCUUUUUUUCCCCACAGCGGACAUAAUGGAUCUUUAAUAACCAUUGUGCACUUGUGUCUAUUAUUAUUAUUUACAUCUUCCUUAGAAACCAUAUUUUUCUGAAUUUAAUGCAAAUUUGUGUUAAACGAGAGAAAGAUCUUUACAGCAGAUGCCUUUUGCAUGGGCUUUCAUUCAAGUCCCUAAUAUAGUUUAACCAGCCAAAGGAUUGCAAAUAUUUAAACAAAUAAUUGUAAAAUCGCAUCUUUUGUGUUUCUAUCUGCAUUUUUUUUGGCUUAUAAUAAUUUGGCCUUCGAUUUAGCAAAUUUGGCUCCUGCUUCCAAGUCUUUUCUGCUUUUUUUCUCUUUACAUAAGUGCACAAUGACAUAAGUGAAUAGACACUAUGCCUUCAAUUGAAUUAGGAGUAUUAUUUUCAAAUGUUAUUACAAUUAAGAGUAAUACCCCCUUUGCUUUCUGAAAUUUUGAAAAUGUAAAUAUAUUGGUGAGCUAAAAGCUUUGGAAUGAGUUUGUUAAAGGCUGGUAUGUUUUUGAAUCCAAAGCAUUUUAAAAUUGAAAUGUGCAAAUUACACCCAUGUUUUCAUUUAUAAUUGUAUAACCUCUGCAGGAUCACGGUUAGGUUUUGCCAGAUCUGCAUAAUUCUUUUAAACAUUUUCUUGGCUUUGUACUAGCAAAUAACACUUCAGUUCCACAUUGGACAUCCAAAGCAAGUUACAUUACCAUCCCAUGAGGGCAGCAUAGGUGAAUCUGAAAAUACUCUUGCUAAAGAUAUCUUGUUGCUCUCUUGAGUUGAUAUAUUUGUUGAAUUGCUGGCUUUCCAGAUUAGAUCAUUCAUUGCAUUGAAUGUCCAGUAGUGAAUUUAUGUGCACUGGGAUAUUGCUGUUGCUUUAUAAUUAACUCCUUGCUAAAUGUAGUCUUCACCAGCUCUGCUAGCCAAAGGAGGGUUGUGGGGGUAUUGUUUAAGCAGCUGCAAAUAGGAAAUCAGCAAAAUUGUGUAGAAAAUCUUAACUUGGGUACAAACAUUUAAUCUAAUGUUUAAUAGAAUAUUAUGUAGAGCAUGAGCACCUACAUAUGUAUAGAAAAUGUUUUCUCUAAACCAUUUUGCCACAUAUCUACAGGCUGCACGGAGGUUCAGGUUCUAUUCGAAGGGACCAUGGUGGGUGUUCCAUUUUUGUCCUCCACUGUUCUUUUCAUUGAUUCGUUUAUCAGCGCUGUGAAACAAGAUAUGAUGCAGAGCUGUAAUGACAUAAGUUGAUGCCUGGUAUGGGAUUGAUGCCAUGGUGGUGCCGACGAAUGAGAGGGCUAGUAUGAGCGAGGAAGGAGAGAGCGCAUGCAGACCUGGUGGUGCAUUAUGGCAUUUUUAAACAUGGAAAGAUGUGGCUCGCAAUCCCUUGGCAUGGUGAGAGAAUGCAGAGGAGAAGUGGAAUACAGUACGAAUGUUUUUCUUGUAUUCACAAAGGACGUCCGUGGCUGAUUAAGUAGAAAAAACUUUGAAGUGGUGAUAUUUGCUUGUAACUUGAGUAAUUGGAAAAUGUUGAAUGUGUUUAGUGAAAUGAAUAUCUCCAGGGAUUGAAACCAAGAACAUCUCAGUUCAGUAGUAUUUUUUUUUUUUUUAAAGAGAACAUUGGGUUGCAAUUUGAGUUGGAAUUAAACUCUUUGCAAAUAUUUAUUUUUUAACUGAAAUAAACAUUCUUCUAAUUAUAAAGUGCACAAAAUAAAAUAAUUUUGCUUUACGCUUGAAUUCAAUUGCAGGUUGUUUAGUAAAUACUCUUCAGUCAGUCCUUAAAAAGCUGCAAAGAGGACUGUAAAUUUUUUUAAUUUAGUUUCAACCCCUGAAUAUUUUGUAUAUUUCUCCUCCCUGUGCCGAAUGGUUGGUGAUGUAUUUUUGUAAUACUGAUUUGUAAGUGUGGACAAGUGAAAUGAUGUGGUGUUAUGAAGGAACAAUAUUCUGGGGAGUGUAUUGUGUAUUGCCUGCCGGAGAUGACUUGUGUGAGCUCAGUGUCAAUCUUGAACAAGAGUGUACGUUUGUGUUUUCUGCGAGUUUAUUGUGAAUGAAUAAUAAAUGACUGCUUGAGUUAAGUGUGUUUUGCAGCCCCUUUUUUAAUGUCAUUGUAGGUGAUUCUUAAUAAAAAUGUAACUUGACUGAA